GGCGGCGAGGGCGGAGGCGGCGAGAGUCGCCAGCGAGAGCGCGCGGCGUGGAUCAGCAGCGAGUUGCCUUCAUCCGCCAUGGCCUGCCCGUGCCUCUCGUACCCGCGCACGCUGCGCGGCGUGCUGUCGCCCUCCGACCGGCGCCACCUGAGCCGCCUCUACCUCGAGCGCGUCCGCCCGACCGGCUCGCCGCUCAUCUACUACCAUCUUCUGACCCACCUCGCGAGGCACAAGGAUGCGCGCGCCUGGGCCAUCCUCGAGCGCGUCCGCCGGGUGGUUCGGCGCAGGUUUGGUGCCUCGUUCGUCGUGGUCAACGACUUCUUCUCGUACCGCGCCCGCGGCGUCGCCCUCUUCCAGGGGUGGCACCAGGACGGCGAGUUCUGGCUGACUGCCGACGGCUCCUUUGACGUCCUCGACUCAACCACCGCCCGCCCUCUCUACUCGACGCUCUACGCGGCGGCGCGAAGGGGAAGCAACCUCCGGCGCGUCAACCGCUCCGCAGCCGCCGGCAUCGCCGCCGCCGCCGCCGCCGGCGACGGCGUUCUCAACAGCGUCGAGUCGCUCUUUGGCUCCUCCGCCCCGGAGACAAACAAGCGCCUCCUCCGGCCGGCCGUCUUUGAGCGGCUCUCGCGCGUCUCCGGCACCGGGCGGCGGCCGUGGGUCAACGUGGAGCUGCACCGGACAGACGUCGAGGAGCCACCACCGGGCGACUGGAGGCUGGCAAUCGGCUUCAAGGUGAUGCGCCGCCGCGCCAUCCGCCGCCGGCACGACCAGUCCUCGCCCUUUGGGCACGACCUGUCCGUCAUCGACGCUAUCACUCCGGAGCUGCUGCCCCGCUUCCGCGUCGGCGGCCCGCUCCCGCUGGUGUACAACCGGAGCUACGUCGACGCGUACGACGCGGCCAGGGUACGCGACCUCUCCCUGCUCGUCCUGCUGGGCAGCGCCGCCGGCCGAGCGCCGCUGCUCUUCAUCUUGCCGCUGUUUGCCGCCGUCCUUUGCUGGGCGGUGCUCCGCGAGCGGAGGGCGAGGGGCCCGCAGGGGCUGUCGGGGUAGAGGGCAUUGCCCCUUUUAUUAGUAAUUUAGAAUUAUUAAAGGAGAAACAGAACAA